AUGUGGCGGUGGGUAGUGUUGUGGCAGGCCUCCUUUGUUCUCCUGGUCGGUGGCACGCUGGACUUUAGGAUCUUCAACCAAAAACGCAACUAUGCGCCUCCUUCUCUCUCUGUCUCUCCACAGGUCAACUGUUUCGAGUACUCAAUGCCUGCGGAAAGAGCAGCUAGAUCGCUGGAUAAAGGAUGGCGUUUCCAGAAAUAUGCAGUGACGAGCUCAUUUCCUCUACCUACCACACCGACGUUCGCAACGUUUCCCACUUUUCCUACUAACUCAUUUUUGAACCUGAAUGAAAUAUCACGAAGGAUUGAUGAUUUGUUGCCAGGAAGCAAUGAUAUAGUGAAAGAACACGCUAAAUUGGUUCAGGAUAUUAAUAGCCUGAAACAAGCAGUUUGGGUGGCGCCGCUUCCAGACGACAACAGAGAUUACGACGAUUCCAUUUUUCAAGAAAUUUUCGAAACAUCAAGUACUACAACACCUAAACCUACUACAAUUAAACCUGUGAGAUCCACUAAACCUGUACCCAUAAUUCUGCUAGGCGGUGCCAGCCAGCGGCAGGUGGUAAAAAGUCAACCUCUUAAGUUCCCGAAACCAACAAUCAGUCUCGUUGGCACUUCUUCGUCGCCCUUAGCAAAACACCCAUAUCCAUUUGUUAUGCAAUCCAGUGUUCAUAAACCAAUCAAAGUGUGCAUGACUUCUAUGCCCAUGAUGUACGCGACGACUACGCGGAGACCUUCUCUUUGGCAGAGGAUUCUUCAUUCUCUCAUACCCAGAUAGCGUAAAGUGAUUGAACGUUUGUGAUACCAUUAGACAUUUUGUUAAGCGUGCGAAAGAAUAAAGUUUCAAACCUAGCUAGGGUUUAUUCUGUAAUUAUUGUAAGAAAUUGUGCAAUUUUAUGUAAAAAUAGUUAAUCCGAGUCCUUUCGAACUUUCGUCCUACUUCUUAUCGAAACAGCUGCGGUUCAACAUAACAUUGUUUACAUUAAUUUAAAAUAAAAUAGUGACGCCAGAAUUAUGUUAAA